AUGGUGAAAAGCCACAUAGGCAGCUGGAUCCUAGUUCUCUUUGUGGCCAUGUGGAGUGACGUGGGCCUCUGCAAGAAGCGACCAAAACCUGGAGGAGGAUGGAACACUGGGGGGAGCCGAUACCCGGGACAGGGAAGUCCUGGAGGCAACCGCUAUCCACCUCAGGGAGGGGGUGGCUGGGGUCAGCCCCAUGGGGGUGGCUGGGGCCAACCUCAUGGAGGUGGCUGGGGUCAGCCCCAUGGUGGUGGCUGGGGGCAGCCACAUGGUGGUGGAGGCUGGGGUCAAGGUGGUACCCACAGUCAGUGGAACAAGCCCAGUAAACCAAAAACCAACAUGAAGCAUGUGGCAGGAGCUGCUGCCGCUGGAGCAGUGGUAGGGGGCCUUGGUGGCUACAUGCUGGGAAGUGCCAUGAGCAGGCCUCUUAUACAUUUUGGCAACGACUAUGAGGACCGUUACUAUCGUGAAAACAUGUACCGUUACCCCAACCAAGUGUACUACAGGCCAGUGGAUCAGUAUAAUAACCAGAACACCUUUGUGCAUGACUGUGUCAACAUCACAGUCAAGCAACACACAGUCACCACCACCACCAAGGGGGAGAACUUCACCGAAACUGACAUUAAGAUGAUGGAGCGAGUUGUGGAGCAAAUGUGCAUCACCCAGUACCAGAGAGAAUCCCAGGCUUAUUACCAAAGAGGGGCAAGUGUGAUCCUCUUCUCCUCCCCUCCUGUGAUCCUCCUCAUCUCUUUCCUCAUUUUUCUCAUAGUAGGAUAG